GUGGAGACACUGCUGCGGGCGCUGGUGCCAUGGCCCCACUUGGAAACACGGACGGGACGUUUCGUGGUGGUGGAGCUGGUCGCCUGCAAUGUGCUGCUGCCAGCCAUCAGGAAGAUGGCCGAUCCUGACUGGAUCAACCUGCUCCUCAUUGGGGCUUUCUCCAAGAAGCCCCGGGGUGAGGAGUUACCCCCUGCACCCCCAGUGCCUGAUUUCUUGCCCUUCGUGGUGCACACAGACGCUGUUCCUGCUGGGCUGCCCCCCUCACCAAGGUUCACGGAGGUGCCCAGGCAAGAGGCAGGGGCUGCUAGCGAGGAGGGAGAGGACAUGGCGAGUGGGCUGUGCCACACAGAGGAGCCUUUCCUCCGCCCGCGAGCCCUGGGCUCCCUCUUCCCCUGUGAGGGUAUGGAGCUGGAGUCCCCUAUGCCUGAUGCGGGCCAGGACACGGACCUGCUGGUGCCAUCACCCGCGGGGGAGUUCCUCGAUGAACCCCUCCAGGAUACCUCCACUGUGCUGGAGGGACCGGCCACUUCAGAGGAUGGCGUGGGGGAUCUGGAGGAGGCCAUUGCCACCAGCUCAGAUUCUGGCCUGCUUCCCACCUCUGCUUUUGUGCUGAGCUCCUGCCCUGACAUCCAGAUCAAUCCAGCAGUGGAGAAGGAAGAGGAAAGCCCAGUUGUCCCCAAGAAAUCCUCCUCGCAGAGGCCUUCCAGCUUGGGGAAAGAUCUGGGGGCAGCAGACGGCCCACCACAAAGUCCCCCAGACCCUGGGCAGACUCUGCCCCUGCUCUCAUCCUCCUCCCCAACGGCUUCCAUCAGCACCUUCAGCUUUGAGCCCCUCAGCAGCCCUGACGGGCCAGUUGUCAUCCAGAACCUGCGGAUAACUGGGACCAUCACUGCCCGAGAGCACAGCGGGACUGGCUUCCACCCCUACACCCUGUACACCGUCAAGUAUGAGACAGCCCUGGAGGGUGAGAGUGCAGGCAGCCUUCAGCAAAUGGCUUACCACACCGUGAACCGCCGUUACCGGGAGUUCCUCAACCUCCAAACCAGACUGGAGGAGAAACCGGAGCUCCGCAAAUUCCUGAAAAAUAUCAAAGGCCCAAAGAAACUGUUCCCUGAUCUCCCGUUCGGAAAUAUGGACAGCGAUAAAGUGGAAGCCAGAAAAAGUCUGCUAGAAUCUUUCUUGAAGCAAUUGUGUGCGGUUCCUGAGAUAGCAAACAGUGAGGAGGUGCAGGAGUUCCUCGCCCUGAACACUGACGCCAGGAUUGCGUUCGUCAAGAAGCCCUUCAUUGUCUCCAGGAUAGACAAGAUCGUUGUCAAUGCCAUUGUGGACACCUUGAAGACGGCAUUCCCCAGGUCAGAGCCCCAGAGCCCCACGGAGGAUCUUAGCGAGUCUGAAGUGGAAGGGAAAUCUCAGACAGAAGGGAAGAAGACUAACAAGUCCAGGCUGAGGUUCUCGUCCAGUAAAAUUGCUCCAGUGCUGAGCGUGAGCGAAGCGCAUGACAGGAUCGUGUACUCUAUCAGGGAGGGCAGCGCUGUCUCUGGCACCCUGUCGCUGGCAGCUAUGGAGUCCUUCAUCCAGAAGCAGGAGAAGCUGCUGGAGGCAGUCCCCAGCAAAGCUCCCGAAGGCGAGGGAGGCAGAGAAGCGAAGGAAGGCUCCAUGCAGGAGGAUAUGGAUGGGCUGGAACAGGGGACACAUCCAGACACGGACUCUGACCCUGAGACAGCAUUGGCUGACCUGGCCCUGGAUGUGCUUCGUCUGCUGAUGAUGGAUCACUGGAGCUGGCUGUGCACGGAGAACAUGCAGAAGGUCUUCCACCUGCUCUUUGGGACCCUCAUUCAAAGGUGGCUGGAAGUCCAGGUGGUUAACCUGACCUGCACCCAGCGUUGGGUCCAAUACCUCCAGUUGUUACAGGAAUCCAUCUGGCCUGGAGGAGUUUUACCAGCAGUGCCUAAACCAGCCAGGACAGAGGAACAGAAGAAAGCAGCAGCAGAGCAGGCCCUGCAGAGCCUGAUGGGGAUCUUGCCUAAUGUGGUCCAAGAAAUCCUUGGAACCAGUAAAUGUCGGAUGAGCUGGAACCUGGUACUGGAGUCCCUGGCCCAGCCUGUGAUAAACAGGCACCUGGUUUUCUGCCUCUUGGACAUUCUGCUGGAGUUCUUGGUGCUGAAGGGCUCCAGCGAUGAGCUCGGGACUGCAGCUGUCGCGCCAUCUGCGUCUAGUGGCCUGGACAGAGCAGGCGUUGCGGCACAUUAACCAGGGCUGGGGUAGCCAGCGGUGGAGGAGAGAAGCAGCCACAGGCAUGGGAUGAUUUGAUUUUCAGUGUUUACUGAACAUGUCUGAGAGCUUCUUGUAAAGAAUUUUUCCAACCAGUGCUAAAUGAGGCUGCUUCCAGGCUUCUCUGUUUUGGCUGGGUGACGGAUUAAACCCAGUGUCAGGGGCUGAAGAUGCUUUUCUGCUGUGUAGCGCCUGUUCCGUUGCUGACCUGAUGGAGAGCCUGGAAUGAAGAUGCCAGGCCUCUGCUGAGCUGGACAGCUGGAGAAGGAUAUGCAGGCUGCCCACAACCCCCGCUGUCUUGCCCCAUGUUUCUGACCAUCUUUAGCAUCUAAAGGCAGACAGCACAGAUUUGCUUUUGUGGCCUCAGGCCCCACCUGGCACUGGCAUGCAGAGACUUGGUGCAACGGUGUCUUGUGGGUAGAUGUUUCUCCAGGACAGGUGAAGGGAGGACCAAAUGCUGUCCCUGCUCUUUAAGCAGCUUGCUCUGUGCCUACGCCGCACCAUCCAUUUUACCAGAAGAAAAACAGGGAGAGAACAGAGCACGGAGAUGUGGGGAUAGCCCUGAAGUCAGCAUCAGGGAUCAUCCCACCUAACUGCGAGGUCAAAAGCAGGGCAGAAAUCAAACCUGCUGUCAUUUUUAGGGACGAGGAUAAGCUGCUUCACGCUGCCACUGCUCUGACUUGGUCUUGUUGUGGCGUUUUUUGGUGCCCGAGCAGCAGGAUGCAAGUAGGAUAGACUGUGGUCCUGGAAAAGAGAAUUGUCCCCAGACUAAAGAGGAGUGGUAGCUUAGCUGGACUUUAGGAUUACCAUGUAUUUUGCCUGCUGAGUCACGUUUUAGUCCCAGACACUGUCACCUGAAAGGCACUGGAGGAAAGGAACUGACCCACGUGUGACACAGGGCAAGUAAAUCAGCUCCCACAGAAAAGUGCUUGUCACAGCAAGCUCUGGAAGAGGAACACCAGCCACGUGUCAUGGACAGCCAGCGGGUUAGACCAUGGUGACAGGCAUGAAAGCACGUCCUUAGCUCUGUUGUCACCAUGCUUUGGUUUGCUCUGCCUGCUCUUGCAACAGCUAUGUGCAGAGGGCUCUCGAAAGCUUGUCAGGUCACGAUGCCCAGUGCCACUCAGCACAGAAUGGCAUAUCGAUUUGGCAGCUGCUUUUCCAGGUUAUCCAAGACUUGUGUGGAUUUGCAAGCUUGGGCUGCCCAGCUGACAGGUUUGUGAUGGGGGAAAAUGGACAUGGAGGAUAUGGACAUGGAGAAUAUGCACUAGCACACCAGUUCAGUGCCCUGUUUUGGUGUAUUUCCUGGGAGAAAUAUGAACUGGCCAGCACUGGGCUUUGCUGAUCAAGGCGAUACUGCUCCUGGCGUUGUCUACACAUUAAAGUGCUUCGAAGAGGAGACCUCGCAAGAGGGAAUCGUGCAGGGUCCCAGCUAGCGUCCAUGUUGCAGUACCAAAUGGUGCAUUUCGUAUGGCCUGCUGCUUCUUGGAGUUGGAUACUCUCUGCUGGAUACUGGCAUGUGUGGAGAGAAGGCCGUGUAACUCCAGCGUGCGUACUGCUGAAAGCAGACUCUGCUCUUUCCAGCUGCUUAAUAAUGGACGCACAGCUUCUUGUGUGCUUCUUCAUGUUUCUGUUUGUGUGCGUGUAUUGUGUGAAAAAUACAGGGAAGGAUUAGCUUGCUGUCAGCAAGUGUAUUUUUAGGGAGCUCUAAGGGCAUCCUGAGAUGAGGCAGAAUCCAAUGUAAUGAAGCAAAGAGGUUUUGCGUCGCUUACCAGAGCCAUUUCUCAGCCGUGAUGCUUUUGAGAUGGCAGACUUACCACCUGCUUGGAAAAGGAGGGAGCAGGUGCAUUAAGUAGCUUAAGAGUAGGUUAGGCAAAGCAUUGGAGAAUGCUCCAGGUGGGAUAAUCCCAAAAGGCCAAGCAGCAGGUUGGGAAGCAGGACUCCCAUAUGUCCUUAAGCACAAUAUCUGCUUGAAGCAGCCGCUUCCCCCUGUCUCACUGCCAGGCUCCUGUUUCCCUUCUUUUUCGUACUACUUCCAUUUACUACAUCUCUUGCCUUGAGGAGCAGAAGGAGCCAUCAGCCAGGGUUGGUGCAGCAUAGCCCUGUUGUGUUCGGUGGGUUCCCACAUGCUCUUGGUACGUGCGCUUGCUAUCGCUUCCUUAUUAAUUUUAUGGGUUUGGAGCACAAGAUUGGAGUCUGUCAUUGAUUAGGGAUGUCAUUAAGAGAGUGUUGAAAAGGAUCCUUCAGAGAUGGACUGAAAAAUACAUGCUGCCAGCUCCACGUGAGGGCAGAGGUCUAGCACAGUCCUUACAGACACUGGAUGUGACGUUGGAAGGACGAGCUUACGUUUCUCCUUUGCCAGGAAGCCCGAGCAUCCCUGCCCUUAACCCUGACCUCUGGCAUUAUGCAAAUGACUCAGUAUUCAGUCCUCCUGAUGGAAGUAAUUUGCGAUUUCUGCUGGCGGGCUCCGAGGAGCAUAACUUGAGAGCUGGCGCUUCGCUGGGAUGGCGCAACCCUGAUUUGGGGUUGUACCAGACAACUGCUUGAUCUGCACCUUUCACCCAGGGGCCCCGCAGCCUGCGCUGUGCAGACUCGCUCACGUGGCGAAGCAGCAACAUCUUCUCCGAGUUUAUGUGGGAGGCACUGGGGCAGAGAGUGAUGAAGUAGGUUUACUCACAUGUGCUCUGAAGUCAGUGGCGGAGUUGGGAGCAGACCCCGGGAGUUAGGAUUGCAAGAUCUUUGUUUUAAUCUCCACAACCCCUUUUCUUUUCUUAGAGUGAGGAAAACAGAAACCAGGGUUGCCAGAGCCCUUUCUCAUGCUCUUACUGGCUGGGCUUCAAACUCCCAUUCUCUCCUUCCUAGUUCUUAGUCCAUUCUCACAGCUGAGGUGAAGCUGCCCAGGAACAGCAUAGGAACAAGUAGCCCCUCUCUGUAUCUCGUUGUUAAGGAAUACAAAAUCCAAUAAAAAGCUCAGCUUUUUUCUAUCCCAAGUUCUUUGCCUCACUGUAAUUUUCAGAUUAAACUAAGCAUGACGGUGGCAAAGGCAAACUUCUGCAUUCAGGUGGGCUGAGAGUUUAUUUCCAUUGGACUAAGACUAGAAAUACUGCUUUGGUACAGCAAACAAAGCCAACAAAAAAACUUUAACUAGCUCUGUGUGUGUCAUGCUCUCAGCAAGCUCCCUUUCUCUGCAGGAAUUCGUGCAGAAGGCUCUAGCCACCUAUUUCUAAAGGGAGGGUGGUAACAGCAGCCAGAUUUGAUCUCAAGAAGAAGCUGCAGGAUUCUAUCAUAUUAGCUACAAGGCAGUACAUGCUUCAGGUGGGUGCUCAGCUCUCGAGGUCCUACUGGAUAGAUGGAAUCUGCUUCCAGCCCGUCGCUUCCUGACUGCACUGAGGAAAGCGUUUCAUCUCCCCCUGCCUCAGUUUCCCCCAGUGCUGGCUAGUUAGACUGCAAGCAGGGGCUGCUCGUGUGUGUGUGUGUGUGUGUGUGUACAACACAUGUGUGCAGUGGUACAGAGCCUCGAGGCACCACCGUAAGCUAAACAGUUGUGUUGAACCAGAGCUAGUUUUUUAAUUGUUUUUUCAGGGAAGAAGAGUGCCAGUGCACACUGACUCCCUGUUGUAUUUGCUGUAUUCAAACCUUUGUAUCAGCUAUUUGUGGGUGCAGCUACUCCAGUCAGUGUAGAAAAGUGCUGUCUUGAAACCUGUUUUGUUAAAUGGGGAGCAAAACGCUGCUCCCAAGCACUUGUGACUUCUGUUCUGACUCCAUGUACAAUAAUAUUCUGUGUCAAACUUGUUUCUGUGCUUGGGUUUAAAAUUCACCUUUGCCAGGAGCUGCCUGUAAGUCAGCCCUUGGGAAGGGAAGAGCAAGUAGGGGAGAGGCAAGAAAGCCCAGGUAGGAGUGGGAAGGGGGAAGCAGGCAUCUCCCUGGGUGUCCUGAAACACCUGGCUGGUGGCAGUGGGUCCUUCUGGCCCACGGUGGCAUUAAUGGGACUGCUCAGACAUGGGAAAGACCAAAGUUCUUAGCAGCUUGGUCAGAAAUAGGAACAGUUUUCCCAUCUGUGGGAACAUCAGCUUUGCGUCUUUCUUCCUGACAAGGAAACUUCUCGGUUUAGGCUUUCCAGUGAGUGUGAAACCAGAGAAGCAAUAUGGGGAUCUUUGGCCUUUCUUCUGGAAGAAAGUGAAAGCGAGAGAAGCAGGGGUUGUGCAGACCCAUCUCCACAUCCCUUGGGCACUGCUGCUUAGGAAGUUCACCUCGAUAUCGGUCCUGGAGGAGAAAGGCUGGUAAGCUGUAAGGAAAUAGAGAAUGUCUGAAAAUUAAGAAAUUCCACAUGAAAUUUGAAAUAUUACGUCAAAGAAAAAAAAAAUAGAGGGAGGAAGAAAAACCUGAUACAAUGAAUGUUUGAGUCAUGUAUUAUUCUGGAUUAGCUCUGCCAUGGAAAGAUCCCAUACACCCUAUGAAAUCCAUUACCUACAAGCCAGCAAACAUUUGUACAGCACAUGAUGCAGGGAUCAUAGCUGAAGCCAAGUUCCCCUGUAUAAUAUCCACCCCAGGGUAGAUUGGUCCAUUUCCAGGGUCAACAGCCAGAGGAUUAAGCAUUUAUCUCUGCAGAACAGUGGAUAAUUAAUACCAGAUCGAACUAGGGGCUGCGCUCAAGAGAGCUUGUGACUAGAUUUGUGACUGAGUGUGGCUUUAUUGCCUGUGAGUGAGUUAUGGGGAGC